AUGGCGACUUUAUUGUUGCAGGGCGUGAGAAAUACUCCUGGGGUGCAGGUGGGAAAACCCAUGAAAAGAGGUGGGGAAUAUUCUAGGAAAGAAAUGAAAGGAGGUGGGGAAGACUAUAGGAAAGAAAGGAAAGGCGGUGGGGAAGACUCUAGGCAAGAAAGGAAAGGAGGAGGGGGAGACUAUAGGAGAGAAAGGAACGGUGGAGGGGAAGAAUAUAGGAAAGAAAUGAAAGGAGGAGGGGAAGACUCUAGGAAAGAAAGGAAAGGCGGUGGGGAAGACUCGAGGAAAGAAAGGAAAGGAGGUGGAAAGACUAUAGAAGAGAAAGGAAAGGAGGAGGGGAAGACUCUAGGAAAAAAAUGA